UAUGAUUGGAUGUCCAACUAUAUGAAGCGAAAAUUGGAUGGCUGUUAGUCGUUAUAUCUGCUGCAACUGCAAAUUCGAUCUCUCUCAGAGCCACGUACCUGUCCGUCAAAUUCCCGAACUGUCGCCGGCGUUGUGAGUGGACGUCUGAGCUAUGGUGGCGUGUGCGGUACUCCUCCCACCUCCAUACAACCCCUCUCUCUCGACUCCCCACUCUCCUUUCUUACAACCUCUUCGACUCGCGAGGGGUGCUUCCAGCCUCCAUGCCCAGCCGAUCUCAUUUCGUGCAAAACGACUGUCCGUUUUGGCGACGACGCGUGCGCUAGACGCGCUUCUCUUUGACUGCGAUGGCGUUAUGCUGGAGUCCGAGCAUCUCCACCUGCAGGCCUAUAAUGAUGCUUUCUCUCACUUCAAUGUAUGUUCCCCUUUUUGUCCAUCUCAGCCACUCUCUUGGGAUGUCCAGUUCUACGAUGAUCUCCAGAACCGAAUCGGCGGUGGAAAACCCAAAAUGAGAUGGUAUUUUAACGAGCAUGGAUGGCCGACGUCUACAAUCUUUGGUAAGCCGCCGGAAGAUGAUGCCGAUAGAGCAAAGCUGAUUGAUAUUCUUCAAGAGUGGAAGACUGAAAGAUACCAGCAGAUAAUCAAAUCUGGAAAGAUUGAACCUAGACCUGGUGUUCUGCGAUUGAUGGAUGAGGCCAAGGCUGCGGGAAAGAAACUGGCUGUUUGCUCUGCUUCAACUAAAAGUUCAGUCAUACUUACUAUGGAAAAUAUUAUUGGAAUUGAUCGAUUCCACGGCCUUGACUGCUUUCUGGCAGGUGAUGAUGUGAUGGAAAAAAAGCCCCAUCCUUCAAUAUAUAUAACAGCUGCCAAGUAUUAUCUUGCAGCGGCUUGGUGUGCCCAGAAUAAAUUGUUUGGUGGUAGAGGAUAGUGUCAUCGGACUCCAGGCUGCAACAAGAGCAGGGAUGUCAUGUGUGAUCACUUAUACUUCAUCUACCGCUAAUCAGGAUUUCAAAGCAGCCAUUGCAAAAUAUCCAGACUUGAGUAAUGUUAGAUUGAAGGACUUGUUAGACUUGAUUGCUGCUACAAGAUGAUGUUUCUAUGAAGUAGGAAGACCAUCAGAAGAAUCACAUUAUGAGCCAAAGUGGUUGGUUACUUGGUCUUGUUGCAUGAUGUUUGGUUGGGCAAGAUUGCAAGAAUUGGAAUAGAAGCUUGGCAAGUAGUAGUGAUAUAGUUUGGUUGCAAUGGAGGGUGCCUAGGCUGAGUAAUUGUUAAUAUUAGAAAGCAAUUCCUUCUUUUAUUCAAAUAAAGUGGAAAGUGGAUCAAACCAUUGAAAAACCAUUCGAAAAGGAAGCAAAGCACGAAAUGCACUUUGUCAAGGGUUUAAAGUAAUUAAGAGAGUUUUUAAUACACUGAAAUUUGUUUCGACUCAACGGUAAUUUCUUCUCAUUUUUUAAAGGAUACAAAAAUU